GAUAAAGACCUGUGUGAGCUGGUGAUUUAUCCUGCAGCAGCCAUAUCUUUCCUGUCUGUCUGUCUGUCUCCUUCUCUCCCUUUCUAAAGCAGCUCACCAGCAAACCAACAUGGCUCCAAAGAAGCCCGAACCUAAGAAGGCAGAACCUAAGAAGGAAGAACCCAAACCAGCACCUAAACCAGCAGAGCCAGAACCCCCCAAAGAAGCUGAAUUUAACCCAGCUUCUAUCAAAGUUGAAUUCACUGCUGAUCAGAUUGAAGAAUUUAAGGAAGCAUUCUCACUCUUUGACCGGACUCCUAAAUCUGAGAUGAAAAUCACAUACGCACAAUGCGGAGAUGUCUUGAGAGCUUUGGGGCAGAAUCCCACCCAGGCUGAGGUCUUGAAAGUGCUUGGCAGGCCCAAACCGGAAGACAUGAACUCCAAGAUGAUUGACUUUGAGACCUUCUUGCCCAUGCUCCAGCAUAUUGCUAAGACGAAAGACACAGGCACCUAUGAGGAUUUUGUGGAGGGUCUGCGUGUGUUCGACAAGGAGGGAAAUGGAACAGUAAUGGGAGCUGAACUCCGCCAUGUCUUGGCUACACUGGGUGAGAGGUUGACUGAAGAGGAAGUUGAUAAGCUUAUGGCUGGUCAGGAAGAUGCCAAUGGCUGUAUCAACUAUGAAGCUUUUGUGAAGCAUAUCAUGGCUAAUUGAACACCAGGACAAGACAGGAACCGAGAAACCCAGAUGCUGGCCUUGGAUUUCAGUGUAAUGGAAUGUCUUCUCAUUUUUUCAGUCUGGAUUCUCAUUACAGAGCUACAAAAUAUGCUGUUCCUAAAGUUAUUUGGAUAAAUGUUUUUUUGUUUGUUUUGCCUUGUUUCUUCAUGGGAAAAGGGUGGCCUCUGUGGAGAUUCAAUAAACUUAAGAAACUGAAAAGACUGGAAUUUGAA